GGCCCUUGUUUGCUCCCCCCUCCCCCCAUUAAUGAAAGAUAACAUCAAGACAUCAAUGUGAUUCAAAACAUGAUUGUAGCACACUGGUAAUAAUGAAGAAUCACAUUAUUGGUGUCAUGAGUUUGCAUGUACAUGUAUAAUCAUUUUUAUUUCAUGAUCACAUUUAUUGUUUAUUUAUGACGUUUUAACAUGUUUAAAGUUAAUCUUAUUCUUCUGUUUGCAGGACCUAGGCCUUAUGUGACUGUCAAUGAAGAUGGAGAGAGAGUUUACCACUGCGAUGGAUGUACCUCUACAUAUGAAAACAAUCACCAAUUUUAUUUAUGUAUGAAGAGUCACCAUGGUGAAACCCCAUUCAUAUGUCAAACAUGUGGAAGCAGGAGUGAUACCCUAUUUUAUUGGACAAGGCAUAUGAGGUCACACACUGAUAUGAGGAGCUAUGAAUGUCAGUACUGUGGAAAAACUUUUAAAACCAGAGUGACCUAUCAGGAACAUAUAAGAUUAGAAGAAGGCAAACAACCAUAUAUCUGUGAAAUUUGUGGAAAAAGAUUCACCAGUAAUUUCAAGUUGAGCGGACAUUUGACCACACAUAAUCCUAAGAUGACCAAAUGCGAGAUAUGUCAGAAAAGUGUGAGAAAGGACUUAUUGAAAGGACAUAUAUUCAAAACACACACUAAUACAUUUAGAUGUGACACCUGUGGGCGUCAGUUUUCGCGAAAAGAUAAUUUGCUGGUCCACCAGAGGAUACAUACUGGAGAAAAACCUUAUAAAUGUGAAACAUGUGAUAAAUGUUUCAUCCAGAUGUCUUCUCUCAAUAGUCACAGGAAUAUAUGUCUCAAAUUAGCCCAUAAGAACAUUGGCAAAAACAAAAUAAAAAAAAUAUGAUAGUAAUGGAUCACAAUAACAAUGCAAUUAGUUUUAAAACACAAAUGAAACAUUAUUGUAGAGUAUGACAUAAACAAUGUAAUAUGAAUGUAAAUAUGAUAGUGAGAGAACACAGUGCGUUGCUUUUUAUAUAAAAUAUAUCAUAAUUGUUACGGAUCACAUAAAAUAGAAAUAUAAUAUGCUUUGGAAGAUCACAUAAAAUAGAAAUAUAAUAUGCUUUGGAAAAUAAUAUAUCAUAAAACUGAAGGAUCGCAUUAAAUAACAAUAGUAUGUGUCCCUCAGAACAUUAUUAGCUCAUUUGACCAUAAAUAUAUCAUAAUAGUGAAAUAUCACGUGAAAUAGUUAUGUCCCUUAUACUGUUAGAGCAUAAAUGUACCAUGAUACUUUAUAGUAAAGGACCACAUUGAAUAACAAUUUGCUUCCUUACAAGCAUGUAACAUCAUUGUGAUCUUAUUAAAUAGCACAUUGUGCAAUAUGUGCCUUGGAACAUCAAUGAAAUCAAUCAAUAAAAAUAAAGAAUC